GAAUUCAUUUCUCCCACCUCCUCUCAAAUCGCUACUAUUAUUCCACCUGCAAUUUUCCUUUGCCAUGCCACGUACUUCAUUAAAUUCUUUUGCUUUGGCCAAUAACAGAGAUGGCUGAAAAGACAAGCCAAGGCAUCAUAGAGCACACAGACUUUCACUGUCUAAAGCUCCAAUAGUGGAGUGUCCUCUCACUUCAGAACAACCUUGCCCUUCACUUCUGUGGCGGCCUCCCUAGUUUCCCAACCCAUGAUGCCUUUUAAUCAGAUCUACUUGCGCAUCUAGCAGAGUAUUCCACCUUGUCAUAUUGAUUAUUCCUGACUUGAAGCCAAAAUUGUGUGAAUCUAAUGCUCCUCACGCAUGUCUCCUGUGCCCUCCAUCCACCUCACUACUCCUGUGUCAUGUUGAAAUGCUGGCAUGAAAUCCUCAUGGCAGUGUCCAUUAAAGGAGUGGGGAAGAGGUUCUGAGGAGAAAGGUCAGAACUGGGGUCUGAGGUUUGAGGGUGCCCAGGACAGGAGGUGAUGAGGUAUAUGAUUUGCAAAUAAUUUCUCCCACCUUGUGACUUUUCUUUGAAUGUUAUUUUUUACUGAGGUAUAAUUGAUAUCUUUGAAUUUUUCCCCCAGUUUUAUUGAAAUAUAACAUACGUCAAUGGAUAAGUUUAAGGUGUACAGCAUAAUGGUUUGACUUACAUCUUUGAAUUUUCUUGGUGGUGUCUUUAUAGAACAAGAGUUUUUAAUUUUAAUGAAGACCAUCUUACCCAUUUUGAGUUGACUUUAUGGAUGAUGAGGGUCAUACUUUGUUUCUUCUUUGCAUACGGAUCUCCAGUUCUCCGGCUUCCAUUUGUUGGGAGUGGGCAGGUACGUCUGAGCAGUGCAGGCUGAGCAAGCACAAGGCUGUGCUGCCAUCUAGUCCGACUGCAUGCGUAUUACCGAGGGCCUCGGUCUCUGGUCCAUUAUUUUUGAAGACGCUUUUCUGCUGGGACUGGACUUUUCAUGGCGGCUCCAGGCGGCACUACAACUCCCAGCAUGCAUCGCGCGGGCCAGCCCUCGGCGGCGGGGAACGUCCUGGAAGUGUGGCUGCGAGGGAAGGGCUGAGCCGCGGGUUCCGCUGCCGACAUCCGCUUCUCAAGGCUUUUGGCUGAGCGGGCGGAGCGGCGAGAAGUACGACCUCUCUACUCAAGCACGCCCCGGCCUCGGGCCCGCCUCCGCCCCACUGUCUGGGCUGAUCUCUACUUUCUUCCUCGAGUUUCCCGCGGGGAGUAACCCUUGAAGACGACCAACCGCAGCCUAGCGUUUUGCCAGCCGGGCCAACCAGAGGCGAGGGUGGAAGAGGCGGGGCUGGGCGGGGGUCGUGGAAACCCCAGCAGGCGGUGAGGCUAGAGUUUGUUUCCCCUUGAGAGGGUAGGCCGCCCCGGCUGGAACCCUGAGAGGAGCAGAGGAUUCUUGGCGGGUUACGGAAGUGCACAGACCCCUCCCCGCUCAGUGGGAGCUUCGGAGGGGCCAGGCUUACCCUUCGGGAGCCCUCUUCCGGUGUCCGGGCCCACCCUGGGCCACCAUGGCUCACAAGACCCCUCUGGGCUCUUCAGCACCACCCACCAGCUGCCUGGACCUGUGGAGGGAAAAGAAUGACCAGCUAGUUCGACAGGCCAAGGUUGCUCAAGACUUGGGUCUGUCUCUGAGGCGACAGCAAUUGGCUCAAGAUGCACUGGAAGGGCUCAGGGGACUCCUCCAUAGCCUGCAGGGGCUCCCUGCAGCUGUUUCUGUUCUCCCUUUGGAACUGAGUGUCAUCUGCAACUUCAUUACCCUGAGGGCAAGCCUGGCCCAGGGUUUCACUGAAGACCUGGCACAGGAUAUCCAACGGGGCCUAGAAAGAGUGCUGGAGACCCAGGAGCAGCUGGAAGCCAGGCUGGAACAUGGGCUCAGGGAGCUGUGGGACUUCGUCCUCCAUGUUUCCUCCCUUCUGCCGGAGGUGCUCCCUGCCCUUCACCACCUGGCUGGCCUGCAAGCUGCCAUCUGGCUGAGCACUAACCAUCUUGGGGACCUGACCUUUCUGCUGCAGACCCUGAAUGGCAGCCAGUGCAGGGCCUCUGAGGAUCUCCUCCUGCUUCUGAAAACUUGGAGGCCCCCAGCUGAGGAGUCAGAUGCUCCAUUGACCCUGCAGGAUGCCCGGAGCUUGCGGGAUGUCCUUCUGACAGCAUUUGCCCAUCGCCAAGGCCUCCAAGAGCUGAUCACAGGGAGCCUACCCAGGGCACUGAGCAGCCUGCAUGAAGCGGCCUCAAGUCUGUGCCCACGGACUGUGUUGGUCCAGGUGUACACAGCUCUGGGGACCUGUCUUCGUAAGAUGGGCAGUCCACAGAAAGCUCUGCUGUACUUGAUUGCAGCCUUGAAAGGGGGAUCAACCUGGGGUCCCCCGCUUCUGGAGGCCUCCAGGCUAUAUCGGCAACUGGGGAACACAGCAGCAGAGAUUGAGAGUCUGGAGCUGCUGGUUGAGGCUUUGAGUGUCUCUGAUAUCCCUGAAGCUCCCCAGCUUCUCAUUGAGGUAGAGUUACUACUCCCACGACCUGACCCAGCCUCACCCCUUCACUGUGGCACACAGAGCCAGGCCAAGUACCUGCUAGCAAGCCGAUGCCUACAGACAGGAAGGGCAGAGGAUGCUGCAGAACAUUACCUGGACCUACUGGCCCUGUUGCUGGAUGUCUCAGAGCCAAAGUUAUCCCCACCCCCUUGCCCCCCAGGGCCCUGUGUGCCUGAGGUGUUCUUGGAGGCGGCUGCAGCGCUGAUCCAGGCAGGCCGAGCCCAGGAUGCUUUAACCAUAUGUGAGGAACUGCUUAGCCGCAUGUCAUCUCUGCUUCCCAAGAGGCCCCGGCUGUGGAAAGAUGCCAGAAAAGGAGCCAGAGAGUCACCACACUGCUCACCCUGGGUCUCUGCCACCUACCUGCUUCAGGGCCAAGCUUGGGUGCAACUAGGGGCCCGAAAGGAGGCAAUUAGUGAAUUUAGCAGGUGCCUUGAGCUGCUCUUCCGGGCCACACCCAAGGAUAAAGAACAAGGGCCUGCUUCUAGUUGUGAGCAGGGGUGUACAUCAGAUGUGGCACUACAGCAGCUUCGGGCAGCCGCCCUGAUUAGUCGUGGACUGGAAUGGGUGGCCAGUGGCCAGGAUACCAGAGCUCUACAGGACUUCCUCCUCAGUGUGCAGGUGUGCCCAGGUAAUCAAGAUGCUUCCUUUCACCUGCUUCGGACUCUGAGGAGGCUGGAUCGGAGGGAUGAGGCCACUGCUCUUUGGCGGAGGCUGGAGGCCCAAACUGAGUUGCCACAGGAGAAUGCUACAUGGUCUCUCCCCCUGUACCUGGAAACUUGUUUGGGCUGGAUCCGUCCCCCUGACUGUGAAACCCUUCUUGCAGAAUUUCGGACAUCUCUGCUCAAGACUUGUGACCUGUAGCUGCCACAUUUCAAAGAACCUUAUUAGCUGGGGCCUCAGUGGGUCAUCUGUGGGGCGGGCUUUCUGCUCUACCAUCCUUGGAGAAUGUGGCUGGAGCUGACCAUUCCUAUAUAAAUCUGGCAUUGAAGAGGUUGGUGGUGGUCCUGCAAAAUUUGGUCUAGUUACUGCUAUUCUGUUUCCAGAAGAAUCCCCCACUUCCCCCAUGACUUUGCUCAUGGCACUUUUUUUUUCCUGUUUCCCUUUUCAUGUAUUGAGUAAAAUUUCAUAUCUA